AAAAAAUCAGAUGCCUUCAUGUCUCGUUCUGCCUGCGCCCCCCCUCUGUCCCUCCCGCCUCCGUGCGUGCAUACGUCACGUUUCACUGAUGCCGGAAGUGUUCAGCCCACUCCUCUGCAGAAAUACGGAGUUGCAGGAGAAGACGUUCAUUUGGUCACAGUGGCAGAGAAAAUGCAGCCGGCGUUACUUGUAACAGCUCACCCCACUAAAAAGGCAAAGAAAAGAAAGCCUGCGGCAGAGAAGGCUGCGACGAAAAAGGCUCUGGAUAAAGAAAGAAGUCGGACCCGAGUCAACAUCGGUUCGGCGUUUGAGCUGUGGAGACAACUGGGGCAUGAGAAGGGCCUGAAAAAUGAUACAGAUGUCGCUCUCUUUCUGCUGGACAGUUUCUUAAAAUCCAGGAUGUGCUCGGUCGUUGGGUGUCACUCUGGACAUCACAGUGAUCAGCCUCAACGGUUCAGGCUGCCAGAGGAUCCCGAGAGGAGGCUGGAGUGGGUUCAGUUUCUCGCUACAGUCAACAAACAGCGCUUUAAGGAGUCGUCCUGGACUGACAUCGUAGUCUGCAUCAACCACUUUAAAGAUGACUGCUUUGAAAAGGUGAGACCGGGACGCUCAGACACGACUGGCAGGGUCCAGCUGAAGCCCGGUGCUGUCCCGUCACUGAGUCUCCAGUCUGGGUCAGAGCAGCCCGAUCCUCCUCCAAAGAGCCCAGGACCUGUGGAGCCAGUGGAAGCCGCUGAAGUUGCUAGUAAACUUCAAACAUGUGAUGGGCCAACGUCCCUUUCUGAAGAGUCAAGACUGGCUUUAUCAGGUUGGUGCAAAUGCUGCAAAUGCCCGUUAUGUGGCUCUGAGAUGAAGGUGGAGAAGGUCACCUCUGGGGUGCUCAUUGUCUUGAACCAACAGUGCCUCCAGUGCGAGUACAGAAACCAGUGGAAAAGCCAGGUCAAUGCCAGCGUCCCAGCAGCUGAUGAUCAAACCAUGACUGGAGGCACAGAUGUAACUCUGCUGACGGGAAAGGCAGCACUGUCAGAUGAGACUAACAGAAGCACCACAGGGAUCCCUGAGGUCAUUGCCAUCGUUAACGAGGAGAGCGAUCCCAUGGAUGACACGGAGAUAUCAGGCGAAGAAGGCAACGUGGAGUCGGAUGAGGACUGGAAGCCACUGAGGCAUAUUUUGCCAGUUAACGUGCCUCGACGAAAAAAAAAGGACAGAUCUGAAAAAGAAGUGGAAGAAAACAAUGACCAUCCUCCACCUGUCCCCAUCAACAGCCAGCUCUGCACAGAUUGUGGGGUGUUUUUCAAUAAACUGAGGCCUCACACGUGUGAGCACAAAAUCAAACCCUAUUCUUGCAAUAUUUGUGGGAAGAGAUGUGUUAGUGAGGUCGCACUCAGUGCCCACGGCAGAGUUCAUGACGAAAGUUAUGAGUUUCGGUGCAAAUACUGCAACCUGUCAUUCAAAACAAAGGUGGACAAAUUCAAUCACGAGCAGAUCCACUCGACUGAAGAAAAACCCUACAAAUGUCCCGACUGUUCAGAGACAUUUCCCACAAAUAAGGAACGCAGAAUCCACCUAGAGGAUCACAGAGGCCCCCGCCAGACAAAAUGUCACAUCUGCGAGGUUGAAUUCUUCGCGCCGCUUUAUCUUCAGAGACACUUACCUGUGCACACCGGAGAAAGGCCGUUCAAAUGUCCUGUGUGCCAACGAGGCUUCAACCAGCCAGGCCACCUGAAGUCCCACAUGCGCCUGCACACAGGGGAGAGGCCUUACAAGUGUCAGCAUUGUGACAAGUGCUUCAAUCAUAACGUGAGCCUGAAGAGCCACGUCCAGCGUUACCAUGCAUCCAACUCUGGAGGUGAACAGAGUAAAGAAAAAGUAAAAGAAGUGAACGUGGAUAUAGAAGAAGACACUGGUGAAGCUGAGGGGGGUGGGAGUCAGAGAGGUGCAGACUCCGAGUUAGAUGAUGAAGACACAGAGGAAGAGUUGCCAAAAUCUAAUAAGUGGAGCACAGGUCGACCCAUAGGAAGGCCAAAGAGGAAUGAAUCAGACAACUUUGCUCUGAAAGUGCACGUGGAACGCCUGUGUUUAACGAGAAAGUCUGGAAAACAACAGGCGAAGAAGUUAGAGAAAACACAACACGAUGAUGGAGUGAGUGAGGAUGAGCAGAGUGACAACAACACAUUUGUUGCUUCAGCAGAGGAGGAAGAGGAGAGGAGUGAGACGGGGACAUCGAGCACGAGCAGAUCGAGAAGAAAGGCGAGAGAUUCUGACAGUGACUCUGAUUUUGAACCCAAAGAAAAAAAGAAAAAGAAGCACAACAGCCAGAAAAGUGGUAAAGGUUCAGGAAAGCCCAGGGGAAGACCAAGGAAAAACCUAGCAGUGACAUGAUUCUUGAAAUAAACAGAAGUGAAAAAAUUCAUUUGGCUCAAACAUUUGCAAAGAUAAAGGAGUUAAAAGUGGUUCAUAUAGAUCUGGACUGUGUUUCUAGAAAGUUACACCACAUGACAACAUAACAAAUCAUGUCAAGAUGUCCUGAUGCGUAUACUUGUGAAUUAAAGCGUAUUAAACAGGGCGGAUGUCGAA